CGAUCUGAAGAAACCCAUCGACAAGCGGAUCUAUAAGGGGACGCAGCCCACCUGCCAUGACUUCAACCAGUUCACGGCGGCUUCCGAAAGCAUCUCCCUCUUGGUUGGCUUCUCAGCUGGGCAAGUGCAAUACUUGGAUCUCAUCAAGAAAGAUACCAAGGCUCAUCGACAAGUCCAAGGUCACCUUCGUGAAGUGGAUCCCCGAGUCGGAGAGCCUCUUCCUGGCCUCCCACGCCAGCGGCCACCUGUACCUGUACAACGUGGAGCAGCCCUGCGUCUCGGCCGCCCCCCAGUAUACCCUCCUUAAGCAGGGCGAGGGCUUCACGGUUUACGCCUGCAAGAGCAAGAACGCCCGGAACCCCCUGCUGAAGUGGGCGGUGGGCGAAGGGGCCCUCAACGAGUUUGCCUUCUCGCCCGACGGGCGCUACCUGGCGUGCGUCAGCCAGGACGGCUGCCUGCGCGUCUUCCACUUCGACUCCAUGCUGCUGCAGGGCAUGAUGAAGAGCUACUUUGGGGGGCUGCUGUGCGUCUGCUGGAGCCCCGACGGGCGCUACGUCGUCACGGGGGGCGAGGACGACCUGGUCACGGUGUGGUCCUUUGCGGAGGGACGGGUCAUCGCCCGGGGCCACGGCCACAAGUCCUGGGUCAACGCGGUGGCCUUCGACCCCUACACCACCAGCACGGAGGACGAGGAGAGCGGGGAGCUGAGCGGCAGCGACGAGGACCUCCAGGAUCCGUCCGAGUUUGGGCGGGUGAGGACCAGCAGCACUCUCUCCCACCUGUCCAAGCACAGCGCCAAAAGCACCCCCUCGGUCACCUACCGCUUCGGCUCCGCCGGGCAGGACACCCAGUUCUGCCUCUGGGACCUGACGGAAGACGUCCUGUACCCCCACCCGCUGCUGACCCGCACCCGAACGCUCACCAACGCCUUCGGCGCCGGCAUCCCUCCCUCAGGCAGCGGGGGCAGCAACCUGGCCGCCGAGUCGGGCGGCGGAGGGGGCCCGCUCCCCCGCUCCCUCUCCCGCUCCAACAGCCUGCCCCACCCGGCCGUCACCGGCGCUGCCAAAAGCCACGCGGCGGACGGGACGGUGCCCUUCAGCAUCGGCAAGUUCGCCACCCUCACCCUGCAGGAGCGGAGGGACAAGAACGCGGAGAAAGAGCACAAACGUUACCACAGCCUGGGCAACAUCAGCAAGAGCAGCGACAAGCUGAACGUGGUACCCAAGAGCAAGCUGGACACGGCCAAGGUGUUGGGCACGGCCCUGUGCCCCCGCAUCCACGAGGUGCCCCUGCUGGAGCCCCUGGUGUGCAAGAAGAUCGCCCACGAGCGGCUGACGGUCUUGCUUUUCCUGGAGGACUGUAUUAUCACCGCCUGCCAGGAAGGCCUGAUCUGCACCUGGGCCAGGCCAGGCAAGGCGAUCCUGAAUUCCCAGAACGGGGGCUCUCCCAGCGGCACAAUCGUAAAGUUCCAGUAUUUCUGCCGACCGGAGGUAGCCAUCGUACCUCUUGUCCGGCAGAGGGUUCUCUCUCGGACUUCCUCCGCGGACGCUCCUAAAAGACACUGCUUACAAACCUUUUGAGAUCCAGCGCGAUGCUGCCAGGGAAUUCUUGCCAUCCGUUGUUUCCGGCGUCCUUUGUUGUGUGGCGGGGCCUCGCCUUCCGUUUCCUGCCUCCCUCUCGGUCCCCUCCAAAGCAAAAUGGGAGUUUUUCUGCCCAUCGGUUGGUCCUCGUACCGCAACAGCCGUGGGCGACGACCUGAUGUUUCUCAAGGAGUAUUUCAUCCACCGAUUCCGCUCCUUUCUCCAUCCCACUCACGCCAGGGUGGGUGGGUCUCGGGACCGGCAAUUUCUGGCCACAUUUGAUUCUUUCUCUCCGACACAUUUUUUUGGGGUCAUUGCUGACCGUUACGCAUUGGCGAUCCCAGCACAUCCACACUGUUGAUUUGCGUAGACCGGUUCCGCAACCUUUAAUGAAACUCCAUCCAGGCCGAUGCUUCUCGGCCACUUGAAGAGGUGUGGGCUUCAACUCCCAGAAUUCCCCAGCCAGCCAUGAUGGGAAAGGGAGUCCAUGAAUCUUUUAGGUUGCUGCAGUUAAGACACAGCGUUGUAGAGCAGGGGUCUCCAACCUUGGCAAGUUUAAGACUUGUGGACUACAAC